AUGGUGGCUACUCCCACUGGCUAUGCGGCUACCAACAAUCCGCUGCAGCAGUAUCACUACACGCUUAAACUAGUGAAUGGCAGUAAACGCGCCAACCCGAGUGAAUAA